AGCAGUAAUAAAUUCCAAAAAUACAGCCUAUUGUUAAUAGAAUGAAAAAGUGUAGUUUAAUAAUGGAAAAAUAAAAAGGUAUACUAAUUCCAUAUUCUCCUGCAAAAAUAGCAUACAUAUCACAAGUAAAUAUAUUAUAUCUUUAUCUCCUAAUCAUUUAUCCACAACAAUCACAAUUUAUUAUUUUAGGAUUAUCUUUAAGAAAUUUCUUGUUUGGAUGAAUAUAAAAACUCUAAGCAUGAAUAAUUGCUUUUUCUAAUUAAGAUGGAAAUUAAAAAUUUCUACUUUAAGGUAAUUUUAUUUAUUCCAUCCAAGAAUCUACAUCUUCAAGUGUGAGUAAUUGUUUUAUUUUCCUAGCAGAAUAUCGAUCAGGCUCUUGAUUUUAUGAAUUUCUAUUCCUAUGAGCCUCAUUAAAAUCUAGAAUAUCAACUUAUUCAGCCAUUAUUAAAUUUAUAGAUUAGAAG